GCUGGCUGGUUGCUCCUCUUGCUAUGAUGCCUGGGCAGAUCCCAGACCCUUCUGUGACCGCAGGCUCUCUGCCAGGGCUUGGUCCUCUCACCGGACUCCCCAGCUCAGCUCUAACUGCAGAGGAGCUGAAAUACGCCGACAUCCGCAACAUUGGGGCCAUGAUUGCACCCUUGCACUUCCUGGAGGUGAAACUGAGCAAGAGGCCCCAACCUGUGAAAAGUGAGCUAGAUGAGGAAGAGGAACGAAGGAAAAGGCGCCGGGAGAAGAACAAAGUAGCGGCGGCCCGGUGCCGGAACAAGAAGAAGGAGCGCACGGAGUUUCUGCAGCGGGAGUCUGAGCGGCUGGAGCUCAUGAAUGCCGAGCUGAAGACCCAGAUCGAGGAGCUGAAGCAGGAGCGGCAGCAGCUCAUCCUCAUGCUGAACCGCCACCGCCCCACCUGCAUCGUCCGCACCGACAGCGUCAAGACGCCAGAGUCUGAAGGCAACCCACUGCUGGAGCAGCUGGAGAAGAAGUGACUGUGGGCUGGAAGGAGUCCGAGGAGGAGGAGGAGGAGGAGGAGGAGGAGGAGAGACGGAGAGGCAGGAGGACUGGCUCCCAGAGGGCCCUUCCUUGGUACAUGAAAAACUAUACAGUGAAGCUCAGCACAGCUGGCAUCCAGCAGGCUUUUUUGUGAAACUCAGAUCAGCCAGCCAAGGGGAAGAGCGGGCUGGAGAAACCCAGAGGGACCAGAGACCAAACUUUGGCUGAGACCAAAGUUGACCCAUGAGUGGGGCUGUGCUGCCUGGAGCCCAGCUUGAAGGACGUGGGGGCAGAGAGACGCCCAGCCAGGCAGCCUGGGAUGCUCCGCCAGCCUCUCUACCAGGGCACUCACCCGAGGGACCACCAAGCAGCCAGGAAAAGCCAUGAGCUGCAACCAAAACGCAGCUGAGGAUGGAACUCAGCGUGAACUGCAACCCUCCUGCCCCCAGCCCUGCCCUGACCUGAUGUAAAGCUGGACAGGGGGCUGCUGCGGGGCCCUGAUGCCCCUGCCAAGGAGGUGGCAGCUGGGUGCACCCUUGCCAGCCCUGCUGGAGUUUGCUGUGGGCACUGAGGCGCGGGCGCCCUUCCAAAGCACACACUCACCGAAUGUUUACAGACUGGCUGUCCUGGCAGGGCUUCCAACUGCACAUGUUUUUUAUACUUUCUUUUUUUUUUAAAUAUUUUUUACAAAAAAAAGAUUUUAUACAAGCAAUAUAUAUAUGGAUUUCUAUAAUCACUUGAUGUGAUACAGUAUAAAUAUGCUAUGGUUUGUUACGGACAGAUACUCUCCAGUUAUGGCCAUUGUGUUAACUCCUAAGUACCGUAGUCUCUGGGUGUCAGGGUAGCCGGGGCGGGUGGGGUGCAUUUCCAUCCCUGUAAACCCUUCCCAGUACUCAGUCCUGUAUCACUCAGUAAACAUUGCUCUUAUUACCCA